AUGAUGAGAAUCCCAAAAUCCUUAAAAAUAUGUGGUGGUGUCACUGCACUUGUGAUAGUAAGUCUUUUCGUGAUAGUGCUAGUUCUGUGGCUAACAGUGCUGAAACCUAAACAACCCAAAAUCACGAUGCAGCAAGCCACCUUAAAACAUCUACACUUUUAUGAUCUCCAAAUCAACGUUACGCUGGGGCUGCUGCUGACCGUGAAGAACCCUAACCACGCGAGCUUCAGGUACGAGAACACGACGGCCUACAUAAGCUAUCGCGGAUCGCCUGUAGCUGAAGCGCCCAUAGAAGCGGACACCAUACCGGCGCGUAGGGAUCACGACAUCAGCACGGAUUUAGUAGUGGACGCGGACAGAUUGGUGGCUAAUAGUGGUUUUCUGGGGGAUGUGCUGGCCGGCUGCCUCAACUUCACGUCGUCCACCACUCUCCACGGCAGAGCCAAGGUGCUCAACUUAUUCAAGAUUACGGCCACCACUUAUAGCACCUGUGACAUCUCGGUAUAUAUCUUUUAUGGGAAUGCAACUUCUGUGUGCAAUUCCAAAUUUAAAUACUAGAUCAAUUUUUGUUCCUACAAUAAGGUGUUGUUUAGGAAAUUUAUCUGAUUUAUGUCAAAUGAGCUUCCAAAGGCUUUAAGAAAAUUUACAAUAUAUAUGUUCUAUUUCCU